AAUUAACUAUAUAAUAAUCACAACACAAGCUCCUAGCACCUAUUUUGGUAGGCAAUACUAUGUACAUGAUAAUGUAGCUUAUCAAAUAAUCUGGGAUCGUGAUAGUGACUAAUUUCAAUUUCGGAUUUUGGUUUUCUAUGGUUGGCAAUAAUGGGUUAAUGCGUUUUUAUUGGUUGUAGGAGAUAUGGUAUCAUCCCGCCAUAACCUAAUCUAUUUCUGAUAAAACUAUAAACGGAUUAACAUACCUCGGGUAAUUUGGUUGAUAACUUGUUAGUUUAUUUAAAUGGUCGGUGCUAAAUCUUUCUCUGGCAAAUUUCCCAAAAAUCGAGGAUAACAUUUCUGAACGCACCCCAAGUCCCAGUGGAAUCAUACAAAAUAUUCUACAAAUGUAAAUUAUUUAUUAUUUAUUAAUUUCAUCUAUAUUUAUAUACAAAGUUACUAAAUAUUAAUUAAUACAAAAUAUAACGAUUUGGUUGAUAUUUAAGGGGAGAUGUGGAAAGUCCUCUCGUUUUAUUAUAAUAGUUUUAGCAACCCCGAAAUUAUGUUAUAUUUUUGCUCCUUUGAUUUAUUGUGAUUAUAGAUUCAUAUUUCUGGGCGUAAAAAAACGCCUCCUGAAAGAUUAUUGAUUUCUCUACUAAACAGUUUUUAAAAGUGUACCGUUUCCCGCGAUUAAAAUACCUAUAACUUUUGAUAAAUAAUUAAUUUCCCGUUUUAACUAUUUUAAUCAUCAAAAUUGGUUUUAUUUAGAUUAGUACAUGAUUGAUCGACUUAAAAAUAUGGCAAUUGAAAGUUCUGCUUUUAAUAUUCAAUAUAGAAAAAAACAUCAAAAUCAAAAUAAACAUAACUACUAGUUAAUACUAUUUUGAUAACCACUGCCCAUUGUUCAUUAAUCAAAACCGCCAUUUUUAUCGGUUGGAUAGCUUAUUGCUUAAGAUAUUAUUCAAAAUUAUUUCUUACUUUUUGUUAUAUGUUAGUUUUAUAAAUUUUAAGUUUUAGAUACAGUCAAAUGUCAAAUUUUUUGUCGGAUUUCCAAAUAUUUUAUUAAAUUAAUUUUUAAUGGUUAUAUACUUUAAUAUUAAUACUAUAAGUGAAUAAUUUAUUUUGGUAAGUAUGAUGUUAUAUUAUAAAUAUUAAAUUUCCCAUCAUUUAGAAAUGCUGAAGAAUUUGAUUUAUUUGAUCUACCAAGUAUCUAUAAUCUCUACUAUCAUACUACAAAUUAAGAUUUUUUAGAUACCUUACAUUUAUUAUUAUAUUUAUUUAUUUAUUAUUAUAUAUAUUUAAGAGAAUAAAUAAUAUAAGAAAAUAACAACCAUUUCUCCUACUACAUAUGUCCUGCUUACAUCAAUUUUCUUUUUAAGGUCUACCUGCUUAAUCUGUCCUUUGAGAGUUAAUUUAGUCAAUAUGUAUAAAUAAUUAAAUUUAAUCGUUUAAUAAUAUUGCUACCAAGUGAUUUUUUCAAAUUAAUUAUUUUAUUUUUUUAAUAAACUACCUAUCUACGUAAUUACUUAAAAUCAUCUUCAUACAAAUAAACUAUGUUUAGAUCUUAUAUAGAUGUUAAGUUCUAAUAAUAUUUUAACGUGUUACCUAUUUAUUAAUUUUGAAAAUGAUGGAUUAAAAUUAUAUACCUACAAUAUUAUCUAUUACAGUUGUAUUAUUUUUAAAUGUAGGUACUUAUAGUUGGUGAAUAAAAAAUGUUAUGAUUAUGUAUUUAAGCGUUUAAUGUUUUAGUUAGGAUAGAUUAGUAAAAAUAAUUAUUAUCAAAGCUUCUACAUGAAAAAAAAUUGUGUGAAUUUUAAUUUAUAGACAAUCUGUACAAUUUGUGACCUACUGCUAAAUUUAAUUUACAGUUUAACUAUUUAUUGGUACACAUAGUUAUAUAUACCAAUAAAUAAUAGAAUACUAAAUGUAAAUUAUACAUAGGUAAUAUAAUUUAAAUUUACAAAUUCUACUUCCAAUAUUUGUUUAGAGAAACCUAAAAAUAGGUACCUAAAAGUACUAUAUCAAUAUGGAUGCAUAUGAGAAAAUUGAAAAAAUUGGAGAAGGAACAUAUGGUGUUGUGUAUAAGUGUAUAGAACGUUUGUCAAAAGAAAUUGUUGCUGUGAAAAAAAUUCGUAUGGAAAUGGAAGAUGAAGGUAUACCAAGUACAGCUGUACGAGAAAUUAGUAUUUUAAAAGAACUUAACCAUCCAAAUAUUGUAAAGUAAUUAAUAACUCAUACAUGGUUUUAAACUACAUAAUCAUACUUAUUUAUUAUAAGUAAAUGGUAUAAAUUAUGUUUGUAAAAUGUAAUGUUUAGUUUGCGAGAAAUUCUUAUGGAUAAAUCAAAUUUACACCUUGUAUUUGAAUUUGUUCCUAUGGACUUGAAAAAAUACAUUGAUACAAGACCGAAAAAACAUUUGGAUGAAGCUACUACAAAAUCAUUUACUUAUCAAGUAAUAAUAAUUAUUGUAUUCAAAUACAUUAUAUCAAUUGAAAUCUACAGUUUCUUAAGCUUUUAUAAUUGUGGAUUGUGUUCAGUUGUUAGUUGCUCUAUAUUUUUGCCAUGUGAGAAGAAUAUUGCAUAGAGAUCUGAAGCCGCAAAAUAUCUUAAUUGACACUAAGCAUAACAUAUUAAAAGUUGCUGAUUAUGGAUUGGGACGUACAUUUGGUAUACCGAUUCGUGUAUAUACACAUGAGGUAUUACAGACUUAUAUUACCUUUAUUAAUAGUUAUAACUGUUAAGUGUUAAUAUUACUAAGCUUUUUAUAUUUAAAACUAGGUUUAAAAAAUUGUUGAUUCACAAACAUAAUCUUAAUGGUUCCCGUUUGAGUACAUUUCUUACAGAAAAUUCAUUUUUUUUUUUUUUUGGUUUUACUUGUAUAUCGUAUAUUAAUUAUUCUCCAACUACAUGAAAAAUAUAACAAAAUAGGUAUGUUUUAAUUGAAGCAAGAUUUCUAAAUUUAUAAUUUAAAAUAAUUAAAUUGUACCGUCACAGAACAAUGUAAAUAUUAAAGAUUUUUCACAAUCAUUAUGAAAAAGGUGCUACCCUUGAUACAUAAAAGCUAGUUUUCUAUUUAAAAAGUUUAUCAGACCAAAAAAAAAUAUUUUAAAACCAAUAGAUCCCUCUAUAUAUUAUUAUAUAUUCAUUAAAUUAACUGUCAAAUUUUAACUUGUUAACAUGUAAUAAUAUUAACUUCUCAUUUUAUUAUUGUUUACAGAUCUUAAAAACUAAAAUUGUAUUAAUUGUAUAAAAUAAAAUACUAUAUUUUUUUCUAAAAAUUAUCGACUUAUAAAAAAUGUUAACUUAAUAUAUUACAUAUAUAAUAAAUAACUAUUGACAAUUUUAAGGCUUCACAAUUUUUAAUUUAAUUAGUCACAUUCUCUGAAUUUUUUCAUAUUUAUUUUUUACUAAUAGGUUAACCACUAAUAGAGAAUUUAAAAAAAAAAAAUUGAUACUAGGGAUGAAUGCAACCACUAUAAGUGGAUAGCUGGAAAGGUAGAUUACAUAAAGUUAUUUAUUAUACCCGUAACCAACAAUAAACCAUUCAAUCGAAAAAACGAUUCUGAACAAAGUUCAGUUAUACAUAUUUUGAAAGGUCAUAAUAUUUACGAUUUUAAUCAAAAUGUAUAAAAAAAAAAAAAAAUAAGAAUACUACAUUAAUCUCAAUAACAUCUUACUAUGAACCUCUUGUCAAAUUUUCAAAUAUUUCUGUUAAGUCUAGCUAUUUUAUCUACAAAUUUAAACUAACAAAAUCAUAAAAAAAAGUUAUUUUUUUAGUCUUCUUUUUUCCUUUUUAAUUUUCCAAAUUAUUUAAACUAAUUUGGAUAUCUUAAAAAACUACUUUCAUUUUUAGUGGCUAUAUGUUAAUUGGAACAUAUAUAUCUGGUAAAAAAUAUAAAUUAUACAAAAGUAAAAAUGGUAACGUUGCAGCUCCUUAAAUAUUUGAUGUUUUACCUACAAUUUUCUUUAAGGUUUUUCCCAACUAUUUCAAAAACCCUUUGGAAAAUCAAAAUAUGCAUCACUUAGAUAAAAGUUUUCUUCCGGAAAAGAUACUAAUACAUCAAAGCAAGAUUUCUUUUGGAAAAGCUGUUUACAGAAAAAAAAAAGCUCAAAUAGUAAAAACAAUAGAUCCCUCGCUACACUCUGAAUCCAAAACUUCUUAAAUAAAAUCUAAAAUAGAUCUUGCAAGAUAUAAUUUGCCACCAUGAACAUUUUACACAUUAUGGUUAAACCAAUUCAAUUGCUGCCUAAUUAUUUUCUUGCUAUGAAUAUAAAAAUUAAACUUUUACAAAUUAACUUUAUUGUAACUAAACAGACAAAUAAUUUAUUUAUUUUUAACGUUUAAGAUUCUACCUAAGUAAAAUAUAAUAAUAAUUAAAAAUUUUUUUUUUAAGGUUGUAACUUUGUGGUAUAGGGCUCCUGAAAUAUUAUUAAACACACAGCGUUAUGGCUGCCCAAUAGAUGUUUGGUCAAUAGCUUGUAUAUUUGCAGAAAUGGCAGAAGGGAAACCAUUAUUUCGUGGAGAUUCUGAAAUUGAUCAAUUAUUUCAUAUUUUUAGGUAAUAUUUAUCUUUAUUUAAAAUUAAUAUUAUUAUUAUUAUUAUUUUAAUGCAAAACUUUUAAAAAGUAAAUAUAAUUAAUUAUUUCAUCCAGUUAUUACUAUUAUUAAGUAAUUAAUUCAAUUGUAUAGGAUUUUGGGUACUCCAAAUGAAGGUACAUGGCCAGGAGUUUCACAACUUAAGGAUUUUAAACCAACAUUCCCACAAUGGAAUGACAAUGUGUUAAAACAUUCUGUUGAAAAUCUUAGUAUUGAUGGAGUGGACUUGAUGCAGGUGAUUUCAAACAAUCAGCUCUUAACAAAUAAUUAUUAUAUUAUUAAUAUAAUUUUUUGAUUUUAGAAAAUGUUAUUUUAUGACCCAAGCCAACGAAUUAAUGCAAGAGAUGCAUUGCAACAUUGCUAUUUCAAUAAUUUAAAUAAGAGCAAUAUACCAGCCCAUCCAGAAAUUAAGUUUUAAAUGUAUGUACAGAAUCAGAAAAACUUUUUAUUGAUAUUUUAUUCCUAACAAAUAUAUCCUAAUUAUGAUAUCAAUUUUUAUCUAUGACAGCAUAUUAUUAUCAUUUGUAUUUAUUCAUCUUCUUAGUGUUUAUGGAGUUUUCACUAUCUUUUUAAUAUUUGUAUGAACAUAAAUUACAAAAUAUAAAUAAUAAUAUUUCAAUCUGCAUUUACAUAUCAAAUUCAGCUCUAACAGAUAGUUAUUAAUUAUUGUAAAAACAAUAACCUAUUUUAAUAUCUAAAUAAUAUAGAAAACAUUUAUAGUGCAUUAAGUACAUUUGUAUUGCAAUAUGUGGACUACCAGUAAAUUUCUAAUUCAGUAGGUAUAUAAUCUACAUAUAUUUAUAAUAUUUAAUGGUUAAAAUUCUUUCUACAAUAUUAUAGUAGUUUGAAGGUUAUCGGGAUAUGAGUGUAAUACUGUCUGCCAACUUAGCUUGUCAGCUCAAGUGCCUCUUUACGCUCUUCAUUAAAUGUAAUAUAGAUAUACUAGCCUGUGGGUCUAAACCUAAUACUGUGUUUAAGAAAUUGUAUGCAUGUUUAAAAUUAUACACCUAAUUAUGAAAGACCACUUAUUUUCCAUAGAAAAACCACAUAUUAAAGUAACACCAUCAAUUUAACAGAACUAUACAUAUUAUACUUGUAUACUAACUUUCAAGUAGUUUAAUCCCAAUUUUAGUUAUAAAAAAAAAUAAAAAAAAUUAUUGGUGUAAAGAAAAACAACAGAAACUAAUAAAAUUGAAAAUAAUAGAAAUAAAUAAAAAAAAAAUGUUUUUUUUAAUUAACUCGAUAAAGCUAAGAUUGUAUACAUAAAGAGUGAUCAACAUAACAUAAUUCUUUUUAAACAUACAAGAAAUAAAUAGCUCUAAAAUAUUUUUUUUAUCACUUCUCUUAGAGGGUAAAACCACUACCUACUUUUAAUUUUCAAAUAGGAAUCUAUAUUAAUACUUCUAUAAAUAAAUUAGUAUUUAUUUUUUGGUGUUGUAAUUUUUAAUUUCCAUCAACCCAUUGAUGAAAUACCUAUUCCACUUUUAAGUAUUGGCGAGGGAGUGGUGGUACACUAUUAAGAUGUCGCGCAAUCUACCAGAAAAAUGAUGUACCACUACUCUCGUAAUCUAUGAAAUUUUUAACAUAGGUUGCCAUUUAAAAAUCAAAAGUAAAUUUACUCAUAAAAUAAGAAUGAAAUAAAAAAAAAAGCAAUAUAACGUUUUACAGAUACUAAUUUCUGUAAAUUCUAUAAGUUCAAUAAAUAUGUAAGGGAUAUUAUUUAAACUAGAUAUAUUUGUCUGAUUAGCCAUUAGACUUACUUAUUACACCAUGUUUGUAUAGAUUGUUUGUAUUAUUAUUUUUUUUUUUAAUAAUAAAAUAUAUUUAUUUUAAAUCUUAUUUCAAUGUACAGAAUUCAAUUAUUUUGUUAUACACAAAUAAUCAAGUAUUAAGUAACAUUUAUUUUACUGAGGUUAUACUUUUUUUACCAAAUAAAGAACUAUAUAUAUCCCGUUUGGCUUCUUCUGACCAUGAUAAUUGAUCAUUUGGUGCCAUGAAAUUUAUUAACUUUGUGUGAACGGUAUAUCUAAGUUUCCUUCCUUUAGUUGAUCUGGUAUCAAUUUUACGUUUCAUUUUACUCCGUAGUUUCUGUAGUUGUAACCAUUGUCUGAAAAGAUUUAAUUUAUUAUUAUAUAUCAUACAAUAUUAUAUUAAAAAUACACUACUAACUUCCCUAGUUGAUUAGGAUGUGUGACAUCAGCAGAUUUUUUUUCGAUAUAAUCUCUCAGUAAUUUGUGAUAGAAAUCAUCAUCAUCAAAUAUUUCUGGAUCAAUAUCCAUUUUUAUUGUUUCUGGAUCACCCACAAUAUCAUACUUAGACCGUUUAGUUUGAGUACGUUCAAUUAACCUAUUCUUAUCAGACAUUAUUUGUUCGAUUUGUGAUAAAGUUGGUUGAUCAAAAGCUGAAAAAUCAGUUUUUGCAGCUUUUCCCGAUGCAAGUUUAGUUCGUUCAUUCCAAAAUCGAAUAGUCUCGUUUCUAUAGAGUUUGAAUGUUUCAUGACUUUCUUGUAAAACAUAUUCAGAUCCUCUAUGUUUGUUCACCUUACUUGUGAAUGAAUCUUUAUCACUGUUUAAAUAAUUAUUAAUAAUUAAUAAUAUACAUUAAUUUCACUUGAUAAUAAAAUCUUACAUAGUUUUCAAAAAAUCGUUAUUGUUUGAAAGUAAAUUAACUUUUAAAUUUAAUAAUGUAUCCAAAAAUUUUUCUAAUGACUUUAUAGUUUCACUGUUAUCGACAGAUUCAAUAGAUGAAAUCUGUUUCUCAGGUUGUGGUAGUCUAUUGGCAGCUACGAGACAUUUUUGAAGCUUAAUUCGAGUAAGUAACAAAUUAUCAUAUAGAUCUAGAAAAUUAGAUAGGUACAGAAUAUAAUUUUAUUUUAAUAAAAAAAUUAAUAAAAUUGAGAUCACUAUACUCACUUAUUUGUGUUUGAACAGCAACUGCUUUCCCCAUAUCUGUUUGACUAAUAAAAUUUAUCAAAUUAAAAAAUGUGCAAAUUGUACAUGGAGUUAGGUAUAAC